AUGCCGAAUGGGGGUGUGGCAGCCAGCCCGCUGAUAGCUGCCCUUCAGGAGCCACAGAAGGCCGCCGUCUCCGAGCUGGCACGACGGCUGGCAUCAUGCAAGGAUGCCUCCGAGGAGGGCACGAACCUUUACGAUGACCCCUUGGCGCUGGUCCGAUAUCUCCGUGCCAGGAACUGGGAUCUCGACAAGGGCGAGGUACUGAUCCGAAAGACCGCCCGGUGGCGCCAGGAAUUUGGAUACAGCAGCAUUUUCGACGGCUCCAGUGUGGAGGAAUUGGCCAAGGAAAGCCAGCUCGGGAACAUGUAUGUGCGCGGCUACGACAAGACAGGGCGGCCGGCACUAUACUUCAAGCCCGGCGGGGCAGGCUUCAAUGCCGAACCCGCAGGGGUUAAGUACUUGGUCUACUGUGUUGAGCGGGCCAUUGCUUGCGUGGAAAAGCAGGCCAGGACGGGGCGGCUCGCCCUCCCUCCUCAUGAUCCGGUCGGAAGGAAGUUCGUCCUGCUGGUCGACUGCGAUGGCUUGGGAAUGGGCAGCCUUCUGACUGGAAGCAUUGUCCGUGACCUCAUUGGUGUAAUGCAGGACCACUACCCAGAGCGGCUGGGCGUGGCUUUCUUCGUGAAUGCUCCUUUCCUUCUUCAUAGCUUCUUCACGGCUGCAAGUACUUUUCUCGACCCGGUGACCAUCGCCAAGUUUCAGUUCGUCCCAGAUGAUGGUGAGGAGCGGAUGCAGGCCAUGUGCCAGCACUUCGACCCAGCCUGCUUAGAGCCCGGCUUCGGUGGAGAAGAUGAUGAGCCCUUUCGCUCUCACAUAUUCCUCAACGUGAAUCAAGGAAAAGGAGUUUUUGGCCUCGAAUACGCGGAGCAGCUGCGACUAAGUGGCCUUUUGAAUGAUGAGGAAGCAGAUGAGGAAGCGGUGCACUCAACUGGCUCAACUGAUUACAUGGAGUUCCUGCAUGUAUAUCGACACUGGAGGGUUCUCAAUCUUCCGCCCACCGAGCGAACACUGGUAAGAGGGCUUGCUAAGCGGCUAGCCUUCUCCCUCACUCGGCAGGAGGACAAGGAGUUCUUCAUUGAAGCGCCCGCGCUGAUUCAGUACUUGCGGUCGAAGAACUGGGAUGUGUCGAAGGCAGAGGCCGCAGUUUGCGCCACGGCCCAGUGGCGGCAGGAGAAUGUCUCGUGCUUGUACCUGCCGGAUGCGAAAAGCGGGCGAUGUUCCGCGGCAAUUGUGCGUGAAUGUGCGCUGGGCCACUUCUACAUCCGGGGUUUCGAUCGACGGCAGCGACCCAUUGUGUACGUGAAGUUUCGAAACCCCGACAGUGGUCAGCACCAGGAGACUCUAAACUAUGUGAUCUACGUCCUUGAAAGGCUCCUAGCAGUGUUGCAGAAGUCGUCGGAGCAACCAGAAGAUGGUGUCGACAGCGGAUGUGCCACGGUGCUGGUGGAUUUCACCGGCUAUGAGUCCAGCAACAGGCCACGUCUUUGCACAUUACGUGCAGCCCUCCACAUCUUCCAGGACCACUACCCCGAGGUCUUCGGAGAUGUUUACUUCUACCACCCCCCUCAGAAAAUCAGCUGCUUCUGGCGCUUCGUGGGGCCGUUUCUGGAUCAACGUGUCCGGGACAAGGUGAUUUUUGUCACAUCCACCACACAUUGGCGGCAACUUGUGAACACGAUCUUCCGUGCAGAUCGGCUGGAGAGAAGCGUUGGCGGGGAAAACCAUGCAGUCUUCAGUUCUAAGAUCUUCUUGUCGAAGAAGGUCGGGGGCUUCAUCUGGGGCACUGAGUUCGACGCACAAGCUUCAGCUCCUGACACCAUCCCUCGUGCUCGCGUGAGCUUCUCCAACAUCGUGCAACAAGUGGAGGAGUCGGGAGCCUCGACAUUGGUUCAUGAGCCUGCAGAGCCAGAGGGGCCUCUGACGAACUUAGUGGGAACGAUUAGCUGGCUCUUUACAUAG